AUGUUGCCAUUGUUGCUCAUUCUACCUGCCGUGAUGGCGGACUCAUUUUGGAUGACCGCCGAUUUGCUGAGAGUGGACUGGAGUGAAGGAUGUCUAACCACCGCCGGUUGUUCUCACCCCAGAUUUGAGAUAAUUGGAGAUUUGCUCCCACUAACUGAGGAGAUCUCUAUCAGCUGGACUAUCUCCGAGCAUUUUGUGCAGCAUACCUCGCGCUCAUUCGUGUCCCAUUGGGCAAAAGGUCUGAAGCUUAGGUGCCAGGUGGUUGGCACCGAUCCGCUCUAUGGAUUUCCACGAGUCUGUGACCAUACCGCGUUAGUUCGGGCCUUUCCGGAUGGAAUCGACGAAUUCUUGGAACGGAGGCGACGCCAGGCGACAGUCACGACCACCCCAAUGCCAGAAGAGGAACUGGGCAAAAGGAUGAUUGAAAUUCGGGCCAGAUGUUUUAACGCCACUGUGGCAGUGGAGAAGCAUACGGAGAGAUGUCCAUGGUGCCCGGAUCCAUCGGAUGUGGCGCUCAUCGAACAGAGGGCUAGUCAAUGGCCCUUAUUGUUAUAA